AUGAAUGAUAAAAGAAGUGGCUUUGGUAAGCGUACGUUCAUAAACGAUGCGAUGGGGAAACGAACAUAUAGAAAAGCGACAACGAUCCCAACCAACACGACAGCCGACGAACGAACGAUCUCAAGAAGCUACUCGUUAGCUGUAGUAACGAGAAAGAACGAUUUGGUACACGAGGAGAAGGAGGAGGAGGAGGAGGAGGAGAAGGAAGAGUAG